AUGAGUUCAAGGAACAAGAGUGCUACCUUGAAGGGAAAUGCCAAAGGAGUUAGUCGCCAGCGACCUUCCAAGGAUGAAGACCAUAAGUCUCCCUUGGGCGACCCUAAGAAGAAGCCGUAUGUAGGAGGUAAGACAAUGGAGGUGCGCCCUAAACAGGCUCCCGUAUCUAAUGGCCCCUCCGUGCAGCAGAAGACGCAGGUGACCACCACGAGUUGGGUCAAGGGAGGUAGCUCGCUUUCUUUCGUCGACGUUGUACGGAAGAGGGCUGAGAACGCAGCUGUUGCCACCUCUCCUCCAGAACCUGUGGAAGAUGCUGUGACAGUGCAUAUGGAGGAGGAGGUUGUAGAUAUGAUGCCUGACGUUCAUGAGGAAGAACAUAUUAAUGUUCAGACCCUAAACACUGAAGCUGAGGACAUUACAUAUGAUGCUAUGCAGCACGAUGCUGCUAUUGUACAGGCAGUCAUGCCAGCCCCACCAGAGGAGGAAUUGGAAGAGACGCCUGCUGUCGUGUACUAUGUGCUCGAGAUUGACCGAAUUGUGGAGGAGUCCAUUCUGCUUCCACCGCGUGCUACGGCGAUCGGUGUUGAAAACGAUGGAGUAUACACAUUUUCUGGGCAAGCGGGUAAACCUCCAACUCCAGUACAGCAACAAUUUUAUCGUCCUGAGACGACAGCUCCUCGCACCUUUGGUGCUGUUGGUGGGACGUCUGACAUUAACCGAAACUCUCACUGGGGCCAGCAGCCUGGACAUUCUGCCGAGUACGCUGGAUUGAGUUGGGCGCUUCAAGACCGAAACCAGAGAUCUUUCCACCAAGGGAUGCAGUACAAUUCUUAUGCCCCACCUGUGCAGCAGCAGCAGCAGCAACAACAACAGCAGCAGAGGAAUUUUAUCCCGCAGGUUGUCAACAGGAUGCGGCAGAAUGAUAUGCCUGAGGCUUCUUUGCGCGCCCUUCGUGAUCCCGGCGCCUUCAACCGCCACCCUGGCAAUGGUGGAGGCGUUUGGUGA